CUCGAGCACUAUAUUCUCAUCAUACGGUGGCCUUUAUUGUGCGUUAUUUAGCAGAAAAGCGACAAAAUGAGUCCUCCAACAACGCAGUACGGUAUUCAGAGUACCGCCGGUGCGAUUCCGGUCAAAAACACAAAAGGAGAAAUAUCGAUGCAAAAGGUGAAAGUGCAUCGCUACGUAUCCGGCAAGCGACCUGAGUACGCCCAGUACGCGAGCAGCGAAGAGGAGUCGGAUGAUGAUGAUUUUAUGGAAGCGCGCCGGACGAACGAAGAGCACCAGCAGCGGGAAGAUUCUGAUAACAAUGACCUGCCGGAUGAUGUCGACGAUCCGCGUAUUCGACGGUUGCAGGCAAUACGGGCCGAGAACCAAGAGGAGCUCGAUCAGGAGCGUCGCGAGCGUCACCGGUUCAUCCACGAGCCGGAGCUGGUACAAUCCGAAGACGAGGCAAAUGACCACGACGCGGAUGAUGACGAUGACCGAAUGGUCGAGAGUGGUGCCGAGCAGGACAACGAGAGGAUUGCCCGCGGCAGACGCAUCUCGUUGGGUUCCGAGUCGGAGUCGGAGGCUGAGCUGAGUGAUUCGGAGAUCGAGCGGCGGCGCAACAUGCUGAAGGCGAAAAUGCUCCAACAGAAGCAGCGCGAAGAGGAGGAACUGCUACAGAAACAGGAAGAGGAGGGCCUGACCGACUCGGAAGAGUCGGAAAGUUCCGAGUACGAGGAGGAAACGGAAAGCGACGAGGAGAACGAGCCCCGUCUGAAGCCACUGUUCGUGCGGAAGAAGGACCGCACCACCGUCAUAGAGAAGGAACGGGAAGCCAACCGCCAGAAGCAGCUCGAGUACGAGUCGAAGAAGGCGGCCAAGGAACGGCGGAAGCAAACGUUGCGGCUGGUGGAGGACACGAUCAAGAAGGAACUGGAAAAGGCCAAGGUGGAAAACGAACCGUCGCUCAACGACGUAAACACGGACGACGAGAACGACGAGGUCGAGUACGAAGCGUGGAAACUGCGGGAACUGAAGCGCAUCAAGCGGGACCGGGAAGAGAAGGAACAAGUCGACAAGGAAAAGCAGGAAGUCGAGCGAUUGCGCAACCUGACGGAGGAGGAACGGCGCCAGGAGCAGCGCAACAACCCGAAACAGAUCACCAACAAGAACGCGAAGGGCAAGUACAAGUUCCUGCAGAAGUACUACCACCGGGGCGCGUUCUAUCUCGACCAGGAGGACGACGUGUACAAGCAGGACUUCUCGGCGCCCACGCUGGAGGAUCACUUCGACAAGACGAUCCUGCCGAAGGUGAUGCAGGUGAAGAACUUUGGCCGCUGUGGGCGCACCAAGUACACGCAUCUGGUCGACCAGGACACGACCAAGUUCGACUCGCCCUGGGUCGCCGCCGACACGACCAACAACACCAUGUUCCUGUCGGAUCGGGCCGGCGGCAUGAAGCAAGUGUUCGACAAACCCUCACUGUACCGCAAAAAGCGGGACGCGUAGGCGUGUAUAUUUCAGUUCGCCAGCAAGUUCGAAGUAUUUUGCUGAUAGG